AUGGUCGUUGAUGAGGUCAUUCCGGGCGACAAUGGCGACGUGUCGCGUGAUACCGGAGAUGAGGAGCCUGAGGACGACGACAACGCUGACGAGAUCGAAGAAGAGUCGGAAGGGGACGAAGGGGCCGACAACGCCGAAUUGUUCGUCACCGAGGAAGUUGAAGCGCUCGAUGGCAAUGGCAAGGCCGCUGAAUUGUGGCGAGUUGUGCGACAACGCAACUGGUCGGGCAUCUCAUCCGAAGAUAUCAAGAAGCACGUGAAGCAGGCUCGACGGAAAGGCCAAUGGUGCGACCGCUGCAAGUUGAACCACUCGGUCUCGACUUGCGUCCCGUCGCGCAAGCAGCCGGAUAAGUGCGAGAAGUGCACUCACGACGUACAAGGCUGCUACUUCGAUGGGGCCUCGAUGCGAGGCCGGUCGAAGUCGUCCCGAACUGCGCGCGACAAAGGGAAAAGUAAGUGA